CACGGUUCCGCAUUUUUUUAUUUGCCGGAUAAGGCGUUUCUGUCCGAUUUAUGCUCUUUUACUUUCUUCACUCUUUUUCGAUGCCAAUCUUCAUGAUAUAACCAUUUGUUUUAUCUUUCCAAAUCGCAAAAAGAAAAAAGUUAAAAAAUUAUUGGUUUUCAUCUUCUCUGAGCUGAUCCCUGAGCUAGGGUUUUGAAUUAGGGAAUAUUUUUUUUUUGUUUUUAUUGUUGAGGAGCAUCGAGCAAUGCAUUCGGUGCCUUCUGUAUUUGAUCUAUUCACUCCACCUCAUGCUGCAUCUUUCUAUGUUUUUUUGUGCUUUCAUCGUCUGAAAAACAUGGAGAAAUUUGAUUGGGCUAUUACUCUUAGUUAACAUUUACUUUUUUUUUGAAUCGCUAGUUUUCCAUUUGCUCUUUGCGGUUUUCAUUUCCUGAUAUUUGUAUCCAAAUCUGUUGGUAUAGUUCGUGAUCUUUUAGUUUUGAGUGGAUUUGGCGCGUCUUUGUUUGGAGGAUCUGACAAGGUUCAUUUCAAUCGUCAAACUCAGAGGUCUUUGCUGCUCUUUUUGUAAUUGAUGGACGAUUGCCCUGCUAGCUACAAGUCAGUGUCUGAAAAUGUAGGCACUCAUUGCGAGUCAUCAAAGGAGACGCCUAAUUGUGCUUUUGGAAAUAUAGGUGGUCUUUCUGUAAAUGAUCUUUGCCACCAUUUCACUGAUUAUCUCAAUAUUCAGGACACUGAAGACUCAAAUGAUAAGUACAAUGUUGAGACCGUGAAGGAAGAUGUAAGUAAAGAUUCCCAUGGAAGCGAUUCUGGUAAUGCUUCUGUAAAAUGCUUGAUCAAAUGUGCAACAUUUCCAUGCUCUGGUAUGAGCGUGCCUCCUGCAGAGUUUGGUGGGAAGGAGCAAGAGGGUAACAUGAAUGCUGAUGCUAAAUCUCCUGAUUUGCCUUACUCACGUUCCAUAUCCCUGCCAACUCCUUUGAAGCUUGUAUCUGCCAUAAAAGGUGGCCGUGAGAAACAAGGCAGUCUACCGAGGAAGCUGUCUGUAACAUGGGCUCCAGAUGUGUAUGAUCCUAUUCCAACAUCAGUGUCACAUGUGCCAAACAAGGGGCAAAGCCAUAAGAGCGGCAAGAAGAAGAAUGGGAGGAAUAAGCAGAAAAACAAUGCCAAAUCCUCACGAGGGAGCAAGGGUAGAGACAAGAAGCAAGCUCGUAAACAUGGAGGGAGUUCUCAGAUAAGUAACCAUCCUCUGGAUGAUAGCAACAUCGCAGCUUCGUCGAGUGAGGUACAGUCUAGCGUUGUGGAUUUUGAUAUUGACAACCCGGAUCCAUUUUGUGGGAGAAGUUUUCUUAAGAACUCUAUCACAAAACUGCACUUCCCAGUUGCAAAGGCCAGCUGAACUCCCUUCUUGAUGAUUUCACCAGAGUUGUGUAAAUAAAUAAGUGUGUGAGGGCUUUGUUGAGCAGUGAAACGAGAAUCGUAAUUAGUCGUGGCAUGUUCAUGCUAAACUUUUCAACCUUUGUUAUGUCGGUUGACUCUUUAAUUCCUUCUAUGCUAUACUUCAUGUUAGUUCGAACAAGUUAAAAUUAGGACUCCUUAGUUUCAUGACUCUUGGUGCUUAUUCAAGAGUCUGGCUACUGCUUUUUUCAAGAUGAAAGCUCCUUAGUUUGAAGUUA